UAUCAGAUCCAUAUGCAUGAAGCAGCCAUGCAAAUCCAGAAGUUUUCCUGAAUUUCACGGGGAAUUCUCUCAACUUAACCCUCUUUUUUUACUCAGCGUACAAGUGGGGAAAUCACCUCUACUUGGAAAAUUGAGGAGAAGACGCUUGGAUUUGGUUGGCGAUCGGCCUCUGUGUCAGUUUCAUGUUGCGCGUCAAUUUCAUGUCAAUUUCCUGCAGGCUGGUAAUUCCUAGUCAGUCCCGUGCACUUCCUCGUUAAUGAUGACUAUGACCGCGAUGGCUGACGGUCUGUUAGCACCAGACUCAUCCAAGUCGGCCUUUCUGGAGUUUGGACAUCCAGCUCAGCAGUCAUCCCCUGGCAUGUCCCAUGGACACUAUCCGGUGCACGGCUUGCACUCGAGCGGACAUUCUCAGCACGAUGGUUCCUACUCAGGCGCCUCUUCCUAUGGCAGAUCGCUGGGUUACCCGUACCCAAGCCCAGUUAGCAAUCAUGCACCUAAUCCGUACAUGCCAUACCAGAACAGCAGCACUUUGGGUCACACCAGGUUAGAGGACACAGAACACGAGAAGUCGACUGUAAUCGAAAAUGGAGAAAUCCGAUUGAACGGGAAAGGGAAAAAGAUCCGAAAACCGAGGACCAUUUAUUCGAGCUUACAGCUGCAGGCUCUGAACCAUCGCUUCCAGCAGACGCAGUAUUUGGCUUUACCAGAGAGAGCAGAAUUGGCAGCCUCUCUCGGACUCACCCAGACACAGGUGAAAAUCUGGUUUCAGAACAAGCGCUCCAAGUACAAGAAGCUGAUGAAACAUGGCUCCAGUGUGCAAGAAGGUGACCAUCUGCCCACCUCUGCUGCUUUGUCUCCAUGUUCACCUAAUAUCCCACCAGUCUGGGACGUUGCCAUGGCAAAUAAGGGUGCCACUAUGCCACCAAACAGCUACAUUAACAGUUUUGGGUCAUGGUACCCACCACCCCACCAGGACACCAUGCCAAGACCCCAGAUGAUGUGAUUGACCAGGAGUACAAUCUAUCCCACAGACUUUCUGUCAUUUAAACAAAAAGGUUACAUGAUUUGAGGUAGUCUUAUGGACCAGAAAAGAUGACUGAUUUGGGAUAGCAAAGGCUAUAUGCUUUCAGUCAUAUCCAAACAGGUUUGUUCUAGAAAUGCAAUGAGUAUAUAGAGUCAAGCUCCUCUAAUGAGUGCAAUGCAAUCCUUGUAAGAUGUUUGGAAUUCUAUUGGAGAAGUUUGAUACAUCUAUAAUCUACGUUGUGAAUUGCAAAAAAAAAACAAUGGACUGAUUUUAUAGCUCUUCUAUUAAGCUCAAUUUUAAUGUUGUUUAAAAAACACACUUUUACUUCAAGAUGCAGAUCCUUCUUAGCUGGUUAAAAUGCAAAGGCUGUAUUUCAGAGUGUUCACAGACAGGCCCCAAUCUCUGCUGAGGAUAAAGGCCAUAUCAACGGUGUUUUAUUUAAUGAUCAUAACUCCGGUUUGAAGCAUUAUGUGGUUUUCGAGAUAAAACUGCAAACACCUGUUUAGUUGUAAAGUAUCAUACUGGAAUUUUCAGGUGUCCUUUUUAUGCAACAGUUUUAUGUCAGGGUGAAAUGAAUAUGAUAAAUUCAAACACAUACAGUUGCCAAGAUGUGUACAGUUGGAAAUAAUUGUUGGAAAUACAAAGCUAUUUUCCCAGCAUUUACAAAGAGGAAAAGACAGACCAAAGUUUUGGGCUUUGAUCCUUGAUCCAAAGGAUUCCUUAAAAUUCUGAGAAAAGAAAGUCAUUAAGUCAAACAUUUAGCUGUCUGGUUACAGAUGCCAGGGAAAUAUAGUGCAUUUUCACUGUUUUCAGCAUUUAAAAAAAACAAUUGUCUGCACUUUCAUAUUUGCCCUAUGUUUUAGAACUUUCUCAGAGAUGGAAGGAAACUUUAAAAUACCCUUUCCGAUUUUAGUCUAUUAACAUCUCAACUAGCACGAGUAGGUUGUACCAUUACUCCGCACAGUAGUUUCAUCCAUUAUAAUCUGUUACGUUUAAGUUUAAAUGAUCGCUAAUCAAGACCGCAAGUGUUUAAAAUAACUAAAGGCAGAAGGCCUACUUUGGGUCAAACCAAUCCAAUUAUUGUAAGGAAGGUAUGCCCACCCAACCACUAUUCCUGCUUCUUCCCUCCAGAACCAACCCAACCCAUACCCCCCACAAUAAACUCAAUACUUAAUGAUGAAAUGUGAUGUGUUAUCGGAAAUGAAACAACCAGCUGGAGGUGACUCGCAUUUGAAAUACAGCCUAUGUAGGGAAAUAAAAGGGAUAUGUUUAGCUCAUCCAAGCAAUAUGAAGGCAAACGAUGUCUUGGAGAACAGAACGGUAGAACACAGUACGUGUGUGUAUAUAUUGUUAAAUUAGUUGUAAAUAGUGCAUAUGUAUUAUGUCAUUAUUCUAAGUAAAUCAGUGAUACGCGUUCAAAGCAUCCUAUAUACACCCGAUUCGGAUAAACGUGGCUACUCGAUUUAAUAGUACGUUUCUCAGGAUAAUAGAAGCCGAGCGUGUUCGCAUUUUUUUAAGAAAAAAAGCAAUGCCGACUUACUGUGGACUUAACUGUAAUUAUGUGUAAAGGAAAGGCAGGAUGAUUGCAUGUAAUUGAUCAAACUAUUCCAUUCAUUCUACAUCCCUACACCAUUUCUUACUUACGUUUCCCCGAGGUCAAACAUAGACGUGAAGCUUACUAGAUUUUUAAAAUUAUAUAAAAUGUCUGCGGACACGUUAAACAGUGGAGGGAACGUGAUUUUAUUUUUGCAUGACAACAUAUUAAUUUGCCGAGAAGAAUUGGUGCAUUUCUGGAAAUGUUGUUAUUUGUCUUUCUGAUUAAAAAGGCCUUGGACUUUUAAAAUUCA